AUGCCAAGCCUAAGCGCUUCAAGCACCGCGGUUGGCGUUGGCUUGCACUCAGACAGCAUCGCGUGCAAAAACAAAAAUAGCAAUCAUCCAGGCUCCAAACAAAAGCGGCACGACUGCGAAAAUUACACUGUAAAGGCUCAAUACAUGCACAGCCAUACAAAUUUAGUGCAGAGCCCAUGGAAAACAAGCCAAAGCAUCAGCUGUGCUUUCUCACCGCAUAAACCACACAUGCGGCAUGCAUGCUCUCUCCAGUGCUUUUUUCUAUGGGGUUGCAUAAGCGCACGCCAAGGAUCUGGCAAAAAUGGCAUAGUGUGCGAACUGCAGAGGGCCUGCUACGGCAGGGCUUUGCAUGUCAUUGAUUUUGCAUCUUUCAAGCGCGCACUUAUUGGUUGGCUGAUUAGAAAAAUGAAUGGCCACUUCAAGAUUAAAUCCUCGCAAGGCGGAGAGCGCAUGAAGCUAACAGGAGAAGUGUUUUUGUACAUGGCAAUCGCCGUUAUAGUGUUCUACACGGUGUGCUCCUUUUUUAUCAGCACCAACUCCACAAGCCCCCCAAGCAAAAACACCAAAACGCCCCAAGCGCUUUGA